AUGAGGGAACUACUAAUAGGGAAGCCGCUAAGAGAUGUCAGGUUAACAAUGGUACAGGAGAUCAUGCCAUUAACUGAUGAGGACAUCAUCGAAAAGCAGAAUAAGGAUGAUAAAGUGGAAAAGUUUCGACAGAAGAUUCUGAAGUUCGAAGGACAGCAACACUUUCCGAUUGGUAAGGAUGGGACGUUAUGUUAUAAGGAGAGGAAAGUGAUUCCUAAUGACCUUGAAUUAAAAGGAAGGAUUCUGAAGGAAGCCCAUUGUACACCAUAUACUGCUCAUCCUAGCAACACCAAAAUUUACCGAGACUUGGAAGGACAAUUUUGGUGGGAUGGAAUAAAAAGGGAUGUGGCUGAUUUUGUUGCAAAAUGUUCAAUUUGCCAAUUGAGUGGUGACUGGGAAAGCCAUUUUCCAUUGAUAGAAUUUGAUUACAAUAAUAGCUUUCAGGCUACAAUACAGAUGGCACCUUACGAAGUAUUGUACGGGAGAAAGUGCAAAUCUUCGCUAUACUGGGAUGAAGUAGGUGAAGGGAAAAUGCUUGCACCAUAA